AUAAUUUAAAACAUUCGCAACACUUCAAAAGUUCGGACGUUUGUAAAGUAACAAAUCAUCAUAUAUAUAUAUAUAUGUAAUUUUAAAUAAAUAUGUUAUAAAUCAUCGAAAUUAAACCAAGCUUGAGAAUAUCAUAACCGAACAAAGCUGUAUAAAAUGUUGGCGUUGGUGAUAUUGAUCGUCACACUGUUCCUAUAUCUGAAGUGGAAGACCCGAAGACAUCCUGACGAGCCACCACCUUUACCAGGGUCAUUGCCCUUCAUAGGACACGGCCAUUUGCUUAUCGGGAACACAACAAGAUUCUGGGAAUUUAUAAAGGAGUCUUCACACCGGUGUUUGGAGCUCGGUCACGUUGCAUAUUUCCUAAUCGGCCCCUUUAAAUUUUACGUCCUAACCGAUCCAGACGACAUUUUCCUGUUAUCAAAUACGUGCUUCCAAAAAGACGAAUUCAGUUAUGAAUUUACGAAACAGCUGUUGGGUGCAGGGCUUCUUUAUGCACCGGUACCAACAUGGAAAAGGCACCGUAAACUCAUAAGUCCAGCAUUCAAUCAACAAAUACUUGAUUCGUUUUUGGUAAUAUUCAAUAAACAGGGACGUAAGCUUGUUGAUGGCAUGCAAGUAGAAGUCGGGAGAGGGUGGUUCGACCAAUCAAAGUACGUGAAACAGAACUUCAUGGAAACUAUUUGUCUAACGGCGUUAGACGACUGUGUCACACCAGAGGAGGCGAAUGAGUAUGUGGAGGCUUUCGAAAAUUACCUUAACGGUAACAUUCUUAGGUUCCAGACGUUUUGGCUUCAUCCCGAUAUAACUUUCAAGUUCAGUAAAUUGAAGAAAAAACUUGAUGCAAGCAUAAAAGUCCUUCAUGAAAUGUCGGAUAAGGUACUCAAAAACAAAAGAGCUCUUAGAAAACUUAAUGAAACGGAAAGUAGUGCAGAAAACAGUCCAAAGUUGAAGGUAUUUAUGGAUUUACUUAUGGACUUGGAUGGUGGUGUGCUAACUGAUCAGGAGAUAAGAGACGAAAUGAACACAAUCAUCAUGGCGGGCCACGAGACAUCAGCUAACGUUAUAGUUUUCGCUCUCAUAUUAAUUGGAUCUUAUCCAGAAGUUCAGGAGAAGCUUCAUGAGGAAUUACAAAGAGUGUUUGGUGAUAGUGAUAGGGAUAUAGAAAAACAGGAUCUUUCACAGCUCAUUUAUAUGGAAGCCGUUUUGAAAGAGACUAUGCGUUUCUUCGUAAUGGCGCCAUUUGUUGGAAGACAUAUCGAUCGGGAGGUCAAAUUAAAAAACUGUACUCUUAAACCUGGUAACAAUUGCCUGAUCCUGUACUAUGGGCUUCAUCGUCACCCUAUUUGGGGUCCAGAUGUUAACGAAUUCAAGCCCGAACGGUGGUUAGAUCCUGCCACGCUACCGAAGAAUCCAAAUGCGUUUGGCGGAUUUAGCAUCGGGAAGAGAAAUUGUAUAGGUAAAACAUACGCUAUGAUGUCCAUGAAGUCGACACUAUCCUACGUAUUUCGGCGGUUCAAAAUGCAAGCCGACCACACGAAGCUCGAGUUCAAACUGGACGUUUUACUUAAACCGAUAACCGGGCACUACGUCACUAUACAGAAUAGAUUAUAAUAUUUAUACAUUUAACGGUAUACUAAAAUGCAAAUAAGUAAUUAUAAGUAGCGCUAUCAACUGUUUAAAAUGUUAAUUUUAUUUAAAUUAAAUUAAAAAAAAAAACAACUUACGAAUAAUAAA